AUGUCGAUCCCGCCUUCGCUCAUGCUAUCGCCCCCGACGGCCAGAAUGCCAGAAUUUUACAAUCACGUCAUCUUCGUCGCCAGAAGCUCGGUCGACCGAGGCCCAACCGGAAGCUACAGAAGAGAGAGUGACGCCCAGCUACGUGCCAGUCUUGAACACACCCGGGCAAUCUAUGAACAGGCGUAUGGGCCAAUCACGGGUAUCUGCGAGUUCCACACUUUUGCAUGGUCAUCAUAUGAUGAGUUGCCUCCCAACGGAGAAACUGUCCGCUUCUUUGCCCAGCGCCUCGCAAUCAUGGAGGCUACACUCGGAAACAUGAUGGUUGUGCUCAACGGCUGGGACGGAUUGACCUCUCAUGCGGGAAGCUUCACCACGCUGUUCAGAGCGCAUGCUCCCCAAAUCACCCUCCGCGUCUUCGCUAGUCGGCCUCGCUCGUUCUACCAGGUCAACGUGGCGCAGAUCUUCCAGUUGUUUGAUGGCGAAGUUCUUAUCAAUCCCUACCUCGACUGCAUGCCCCACGAAGAGCUUGAUGAAGGGGUUAUGGAGAUCCUGAACCGCAUGGAGAGCCAGCUGGAGUACUCGACCGCACUGUUCUACCGCUACUUCAGAGCAUUCGGAACCCUCCGACUCAACUAA